CUCCCGCAUCGCUCGCUCACUGCAGUUCGUCCGCACUGCUCUGAGCUCUCUCACUCGCCGCUAGCUACUAGCUCUCCCCAUCACUCUCCAGCUCUCCGCACCGCCGGCGGCCCGCGUCCCCAGCCCAUCGCCAGCCUCCCCUCUGCCACCCCCCCUCGAUGCCGGCCUCUCCUCUGCCUCUCCCUCUCGACGUCGCCGGCCUCUACCACCACCCCCUUUCUCCCCACCACCGUAUGCGCCGGUGAGUCCGACGGUGAAAAGAUCGAUUUUUUUGUGCUGGUGAUGAGCUUCUAUGCGACGGAAGCGUGCGCGGGCGCUGGAUCUAUGUGCGCCGGUGCUGUAUGUGAGCGAUGGAGGCGUUGGAUGUGGAGCGGCGGACCUGGAGCGCGGCCCAAGGGGCGGAUCUGGAGCACACGACCGCCGGCUGGAGCCUCUUUCUUCUCCACAACCAAGCACCGCCGGCUUGAGCCCCGUCUCUUCGCCUCUCCGGUCGCCGUGGAGGACCGCCGCGUCCAGCCUCCCUCCCUCCUCGACGGCGCCGCGUCCAGACUCUUCCACCCAAGGCCAUGGCGAGCCCGCAGGAGGCGUAGCAGAUCAGACCCCUCCGCCCCUUGUACCUCUGUUGUUCUUUCUCUCCACAUCACAUCUCAACGGUUUGUGCGGUCGUGUGCAGGCACUGUCCUCCCAUCUCAUCUUCUUGCGUGGUGAAGGAAUGAGGCCAGGCCAUGGAGAGAAAAGCUCAUGCUCAUGUCGAUUCAAGAGGAGAGGAGGGCCAUGGAGGGAGAAGCCUGCUGCUGCAAUGCCUACCUCGUCGUCCUCAUGGAGAAGGCCACGGAGAUGGCUGCGGAUCAAACUGCUGCACUUGGGGCAGAGAAGGAGAAGGGUUGGUGAUGGAUCCGCAGGGGUGCUGGAUCAGAAGUUGCCUGGAUCACCAUCGCCUGGAUGAUGAGGAGAAGCAGCAACGCCUGGGAGCAGCGUCGGCGGAGGAGAAGCAGGGGCUGGGAGCGCCUGUGCGGAGGAGAAGCUGGGGCAGGGCGGAGGCAGACGGCAGCGAGGAGCAGGGCGGAGGCUGACGAGAGAAGCCACGGAGCAGCGGAGGAUUUGAAAUCCUGGGCGGAGGAAGACGACGAUGGGGAUUUGAAAAUAGGGGCAGCGAUGUCAUUUCCUGCGUUUUCACCUGGUCGGAAGGUUUUCCCCAGCGACCUAUAUUACGGAACAGAGGGAGUAAAGACACAAUGGUAGGGGCAGAUGCUAAUGUAGCUAGCCGUUGCCGGUCUGCAUUUUCAACUCAUGUCCUGACGUGACACUUCCUUU